CAAUCUUCUUCUUCCUCUUCGUUCGUUCCUCGCUGCUCUCUCUAGGUUUCUAUUAUUCCUGCAUUAUAGCUUCUGUUUCUAGGUUAAGUUUCCAUCUUGUUCUUCUUACUCAUCCGAAAUUGAGGUUUUUUUUUUAUUCGUCUUCUUCUUCUUCUGGGUUUUUCACUUGUCGCUAGAUAAAUGGGUCCUUCGUCUUCAUUGUGGGUUUUGUUUGAAAUGCAACAAGAUUGUAACUUUGUGUUUCCUUUCCAGUUCUUGGCAAUUUGCAAUCUUCUUGACCCUUUACGAAAAGAUCCCAUCUUGACCUUGAUUCUUGAUCCUCUGUUGCCACUCUCUCGUGCUUCUUCGCUUGAUCAGUUUCCAUUUGAUAUCCCUUCUUACACACUUGUUCAGAAUCAGUGUCUUGGGUCAUCAGUCAUCUCUUUCCAUAUACAAUGUUCCCUGGCGAAGACCGUUGGUAUUUUUCAAGAGAAGAAAUAGACAAUAACUCACCAUCAAGACGAGAUGGUAUCGAUUUGACGGAAGAAACUCGCCUACGCAAGGCAUACUGUUCAUUCUUGAAAGAUCUUGGUCGCAGAUUCAAACUUCACCAGGCAACAGUAGCCACUGCUAUGGUAUUCUGUCACAGAUUCUUCCUUUGUCAGUCACACGCAAAGAAUGACAAAUGGAUAAUUGCAGCAGUCUGCAUGUUCCUUUCUGCCAAGGUUGAGUCUACUCCAGUGGAUUUGAAAACCCUCAUUAUUACUUCUGAAGAGAUCUUACACAAGAAGGUUAUUGCAGCUGAGCAGAGACAGGGAGUAUAUGAACACUACAAAGGGCUUGUAUCAAAUGGAGAGAAGCUUGUUCUUUCUACACUCAACUUUGAUCUCAGUGUUGAUCUUCCUUUUGACAUUCUUAUCCAAGCUAUGAAAAAAUUCAUCCUUGACGAGGCUACUCAGGGGAAAUUUCCUUCAGCUGCAUGGAAAUUUGUCCAAGAUAGUUUCUGGACGACACUCUGCCUACAGUAUCAGCCUCGUCACAUAGCAGCUGGUGCUUUUUUCCUCGCUGCCAUGCACAUAAAAAUGGACGUGAAAUCACAUGGAGAGAGCUGGUGUCAACAUUUUGAUAUCACGCUUCAUCAACUAAAUGAUAUCAGGGGCCAAAUGGGUGAGCUCUAUCAUGGGAAAAAGCGUACUCCUACCUCUACUGGAAGCAUAGGGGAAACGAGUAACACUGGAGACGUAGUGCAGCAGCAACCUGUUCCUACGGAUAAUUGUCCAAGCUCUGUAAUUGAAGGAGGCUCAUCGAGUGUCGCUGAUGGUUCACUGCAAGAUCAGUCGAGGCCCGAAGGAGUUGAAAAGGACAGCCCAGACCGUGAAGCUGGAGAUAAUCAAGAAGACAGUUGAUGUUUGGUCGUUGACUAUGGUGAAAUAGUGGUUUAGAUUUUUAGGUGGAAGAAGGGUUUUGUUCAUGGAGAUAACUAAAAGCUUUAGUGGUAUAUAGUAUACGGUGAGUUUGGGGAAACAACUAUUACAGUAUUAUAUUUCAUCCAACACUGGAUGGUUUCAGUUUCAAGAGUUUUUUGUAUGGGGUUUUCAUUACUUCGCUUCAUG